AAGAAUAGUAUAGUGACUCGCUUUCCCUAGUACAAAACCCUACAAACCACGAACUGAGAUUCGAAGACGCUCUUCUUGUUCUUCAGUUCAUCAUUGGAAUCGAACCAAAGCCCUUUGCCCCUUAAAAUGCCUCCCAAAUCUGCCAAAUCCAAGGAAGCCCCAGCUGAGCGACCCAUCCUCGGUCGAUUCUCUUCUCACCUCAAAAUUGGCAUUGUUGGCUUGCCAAAUGUUGGGAAAUCUACUCUUUUUAAUACUCUCACCAAGUUGGCAAUACCUGCUGAGAACUUCCCCUUUUGUACCAUUGAGCCUAAUGAGGCGCGGGUCAAUAUACCCGACGAACGGUUUGAGUGGCUUUGCCAAUUAUACAAGCCAAAAAGUGAGGUCUCAGCUUUCUUAGAAAUCCAUGACAUAGCUGGAUUGGUCCGAGGUGCUCAUCAGGGGCAAGGAUUGGGGAAUAGUUUUUUAUCUCACAUUCGUGCUGUUGAUGGAAUUUUCCAUGUUUUACGUGCAUUUGAGGAUCCGGACAUUAUUCAUGUAGAUGAUACUGUUGACCCAGUUAGGGAUUUGGAGAUCAUUACUGAAGAAUUGAGGCUGAAGGAUGUUGAAUUCAUGGAAAGAAAGAUAGAAGAUGUUGAGAAAAGCAUGAAGAGGAGCAAUGACAAACAGUUAAAAAUUGAACUUGAAUGUUGUCAAAGGGUGAAGGCAUUGCUUCAGGAAGGAAAAGAUAUACGUCUAGGUGAAUGGAAGGCUGCUGAUAUUGAGAUUUUGAAUUCCUUUCAGUUACUUACUGCCAAGCCUGUUGUAUACUUGGUUAAUAUGACUGAAAAGGAUUACCAAAGAAAAAAGAACAAGUUUCUGCCCAAAAUUCAUGCUUGGGUCCAGGAGCAUGGUGGUGAGCAAAUAAUUCCUUUCAGCUGUGCUUUCGAGAGGAAUUUUUCAGAUCUGCCACCAGAUGAAGCAGCUAAGUAUUGUGAGGAGAACAAAAUUCAAAGUGCUCUUCCCAAAAUAAUAAAGACUGGGUUUUCCGCUAUUAAUCUCAUUUAUUUUUUCACAGCUGGACCUGAUGAGGUUAAGUGUUGGCAAAUUAGACGCCAAACAAAAGCUCCUCAAGCUGCAGGGACUAUCCAUACUGAUUUUGAAAGGGGAUUUAUUUGUGCUGAGGUGAUGAAGUUUGAGGAUCUUAAGGAACUCGGUAGUGAGUCAGCUGUGAAGGCUGCUGGAAAGUAUAAACAGGAGGGUAAAACGUAUGUGGUCCAAGAUGGGGACAUCAUAUUCUUCAAGUUUAACGUUUCUGGUGGAGGGAAGAAGUAAAACCACAGAUUCCUUUCCAUGGAGUUUGUGUUUUAUGAUAGAUGUCAUCCAUGUUGCACAUUUUUUACAAGUUUUCUUAUAAUGUAAUUUUGAACCCACUUCCAAAUUAUUUACUUAUUUAUAUUUAGGCUUAAUAUUUCUAGUGGAUUUUGACUUCUCACCC